AUGGGAACCGGAGAGUGUCUUGGGAACGUCGUGAGCGAUGGAAAGCUGGUGAGAAACUCUGGAGGCCUGCAAAACGCUCAGUUUGGCAUCCGCAAGGAUGGCACCAUGGUGUUCGGUUACCUGUCUGAGGAAGACGUCUUGGACCAAGCAAACCCUUUCAUGCAGCUUGUGAGUGGGGUAGUUUGGCUCCUGAGGGACGGAGAAGUGUACGUCAGUCAGAGUCAAAUGGCCGAGUGUGGUGAAACUCAAACCACAGGAACCUUUGAAAAAUUCAUCAAUGUGAUAUCAGCCAGAACUGCAGUUGGACAUGACAGUCAGGGGCAGCUGGUCUUGGUUCAUGUGGACGGACAGACGGGAUCCCGAGGCGUCAACCUCUGGGAAAUGGCCGAAUUUCUGAAGCAGCAGGGAAUUGUCAACGCUAUCAACCUGGAUGGUGGAGGGUCUGCAACGCUGGUCUUGAAUGGGACCCUCGCAAACUACCCCUCUGAGCACUGCUCCUUUGACAACAUGUGGCGAUGCCCUCGGAGCAUCUCGACUGUCGUGUGCAUCCACGAGCCGGCCGGUGAGCCAGACGACUGCAGAGCCACGGGGACUCCCGACGACUGCAGCGGCCACGGGGACUGCGUGGCUGGGGAGUGCCGCUGCGCCGGGGGCUUCUGGAGAGGUCCAGCCUGCGACGUUUUGGACUGUGGCCCUUCCAACUGCAGCCUUCAUGGCCUCUGCACUGACUCUGGAUGCCUGUGUGACGCCGGCUGGACUGGCAGCAACUGCAGCGAAGAGUGUCCCCUGGGCUGGUACGGGCCGAACUGCCAGAAGCAAUGUGCGUGUGAGCACACGUGUCCUUGUGACCGCGAGACGGGCAGCUGCAACAUCACCUAUGAGUUGGCGAUACAGGACCAAUUAAACAAAGCUGGGCAGUGUUUGGCUUUCCAGAAUAAGGGAAGGAGCAAAGAAAAAUUCUCUCUGUCAGAAAAAAACUGGAUCUCUGUUACCUCUGUCCUGGCUGUGCUGCUGGUGAUGAGCGCCGUGGGAAAUGUGGGCCUUUUUCUGCAGGCCAGGUCAGGGAGGCACCCUGAGAGCGGUGACUAUCUGUACCACCCCCUGAGGGAGAUGAACGGGGAAGCCAGUCACGCCUCCACCUCUGCUGCUUGCGAGACGGAAGAUACUCAAGACCCAGGCCAGGCACUCCUUCAGACCCCCGGCUGA